AGCUGUAGAAGAACAGUUAGAUAACGAAUUUUAUGAAGAUGAAUUGGUAAGUAACACAUUGUUAUUAUUUUUUUUAUUUUUUUGUCUAUAAAACUUCCAAUCGAAUAUUCUUUGUAUAAUUUUUUUUAAUGUUAUUCCAGUUUGACUUUUUAAACGAUCUUGAUGAAGAAGAGGAAGACAAUGAUACCGAUAAUAACAUUACGCAUUGCGUGUGAACAGAUUGUAUUUGAAAUUCAGAGACAUGGACGUUUAAGAUUAGGAAAGCAUAGUAAAUUAAUAAAUAAAGAACAACGCGAGACGGCAGCACGGCCAAGGUAAACAUAAGAAAAUGAUGUUUGAAGAUGAUGAACAGGAAGACGUAGAAAUCGAAGAUGAUAAUAACAGCGUGAAACGACAGCACGGCCUAGGUAAACAUAAGAAGAUGUUGUAUGAAGGUGAACAGGAAGACUAUGAAAACUACCAUGAUGAUGAAGACGUUAUAGUACAAUACGGAUCUGGGAAACACGCUAAAAAAUUGCCUGAUCGAGGUACUAAGAUAAUACGAGAUACUGAAUCAGAGCAUAGCGACGAGGACGAUGAAAAGGAUUUCAACGAUAUAGACCUAGGAGAGCUAUGCGUUAUUCGGAAAUUGAAUGAAAAAUUCAAUAAAAAAUUUAACAUGUUAGCGAGUGACCACUUGAUUACAUUAAUAGGUUUAGAUAAUGUGAGAUUUAUUGAAAUUUUGCCAUUGUUUAAUAGAAUUCUUGAAUAUGUUUUAGAUAGUAUUUUGAUAAAUGUUCAACCACAUGAUAUGGUCAGGUGCGUUAUUAGAGAAAAUGGUUUAGAUUUACAAAUUUCCUUACCAUUUAGGGAACGAAUAACUCCUGAAAUAAUUUUUGCGGCUAUUUUAAAGUCCUUCAAUCUCACAUGAACAGUUUAGUAGGGGAUGACUUACAAUUUAACAAUUUACAUAUUCAUGCCUAUUGGUGGUGGUCAUCAUUUUAAGAAGGCCUUAGAUAAGGCUGUAGUGGGUGCCCAAUGUUUGAUUCGAAUUAAAGACGAGAACGAUGAAAACGUUUGCUGCUCCUAAGCCAUUGUAACGGGUAUUUCGAUGUUAGCACGAUUGCAUUCCUUCUAUAGACCCCUCUACCGUCGUCAAAUGUAAUGAGUGCUUACGUUAAUUUAAAAAUCAAAAAUGUUUUGAUAAUCAUAGAACUGCUAAACCAGAUAGAGCAACCCUUUGCGAUUCAAAGAAACUUUGUAAAACUUGUAAUCGCUGUAUUAAAAGGGUCAUAAAUGCAGGUAAUAUGUAUGUAGAGUUUGUAUGACGAGGGUAGAGGCGGGUCAUCUCUGUUACAUGAAAAAGGUGGUUGAAAAAAAACAAAACUAACAAGGUAGAUAAGAAGACUAUAGAAACGGGGGUUCACCAUCCUAACUUAUGCGUCUUUUAAAAAAGCUGUCUAAAUUGUAUUAACGAUGAUAAUGAUUCUGAUCAAUGCGAAAUUUGCGGGGAUAAAACCAACAUUUUCUACGGUGAGGAUUCAUGCUAUCAAUUUUGCGAAUACUUAUUGAAACAGUAUCCGUAUAACCAAAAUGUAACAUGUAUUGCUUCUAAUUUUCAAGGGUACGAUAGUUACUUCAUCAUGCAAUACUUACACUCUUACGGUGUUAUUCCGGAAGUUGUUCUAGGGGUGGGAAAUUAAUUUCGAUCAAAGUUAAGGAUACAUCGAUUCGAUUUAUUGAUUCGCUUUAUUUCCUACCUAUGCCCCUAUCAAAAUUAUCUAAAACGUUCGGUAUCAAAGAAUUAAAGAAGGGAUACUUUCACCAUAGGUUCAAUACGACCGAAAAUAAAGAUUAUGUUGGUUCUUACCCCGAUGUAUCUAUGUGCGAUCUCGAUAAGAUGUCAGAAUCGGCCAGGGGUUAUUUUCUUGCUUGGUACAAUCACAACAAAAA